GCAGGACAAUUUGUAUUGGUCUGGCGACUUGUUUCCUGUGGGUAUUUAGUGAAGCAACUGUCAUUCGCGUUUGUUCUUCAUCGACGGCUCUUAUGUGCUCUGUAACUAAGCUUUAGAAUGUAUUAAAACUCGUACAAAAAAGUAUUUUUUUAAAAGCGUUUAAUAUUUUUCUGUGAUUUCGUCAUUUUUUGUUUUGUUGGAACACUGACUCACCAUGGAAGCACGUCAAAAGUUGAGUGUUAUCUCUCCUGAUUUAUCUUUUGAAUUUAAUUAUGAAGCUCGCAAUGCGUUAGGUGAUAUUAUUAAUUUAUCGAACAACGUCAUCAGACCUGUCAGACCUACGAAAAGAUUAUCCAAGCCAAUGCCUACAGAGCAGAAGAGAAGUAUCUUCAGUUGCUGCCACAAAAAUAGAGCACCACCUCAACCAGCGAAUGCUGAUUUUAUUUUUUAUACAGCCAGUAGCAAGUCUUGUUUGCAGCCUAGAAUGUCUGAAAUCGAUAUUCUUGCAGAUACAAGGAACAGUGUUAUAAGGGUUGAUGAAAACCAAAGGUCUUCAUUAUCUUGUAGCCGUCUCCAUUGGUUAAAAAUUUCUGUUAUUCUUACUUGGAUGCUUCUAGCAAUAGCAACACUGAGCUACAUUGGAGCACGAUACAAUCAAUUAGACGACUUCGCCUCCAUAACAAAAACUAUUGAAGGAUAUAUUAUCCUUGGAGUAAUGUCGGCUGUAGUGAUAGCUGGUAUCAUUCUCUUGAUUCUUGUAGUGACAUACGAAAAAGAGGAAAACUACGAUGAUUGUUAUUUGGAAAGUAUCCGAUAUCCAAGUUCACAUUUUGGCAAUUGUACGUUACUCGAGACUCGAGUGUAAUCUCUUCAAA